AUGCAUGAUGUCCAUGCCAGACCCCCCGACUCCAUCCGAGGCCUCUUCAAAGCCUGGCGAAAGCGACCUCCGCAGACAGUUGACGACGACCGGGAUAUCAUUGAUCCUUCCCAACCAGAUGCAAGUAAGGUGUUGUUUAUACAAGGAGCAACCGAUCAUCAAGGGCAUGAUUUAGAACGCCUCGCAACUAGUUUCCUUGAAAGUACCACUGUUCAGGAUCUAGCUGAACCACCAGGCACCAUAUCACCGCUACGACCUGCUUUCGAAAUAAGAGUGCUCCCUGGUCUAUAUGUGUUCCCUUUCCUCCUCACACCUCAAUUUCAGAUUGCUUUGCUGGAAAAGCUGUUACAUCGCGAUUUGUCAAAUCCCGUGCACGCAACUAAUCUUCAUCUUCACUAUGACAUUUCACAUCCAAAGUUGAAUAAUGGGCUCGAUGGACACCACAACGACUCGAGUUCUUCCUUUUUUGGAGCCGAUCAAGGUUCCAUUCUUCAUCCGAAGGACUCUGCCAUGCACAAACCCAUCACCUACGCUCAAAUGCUCGAAAGCAAACUACGGUGGAUGACUCUGGGCGGACAGUACGAUUGGACCAAUAAGGUCUACCCUGACGAGAUUCCACCAACUUUUCCACCGGACAUCGCGACCUUUCUCAAAAGCCUGUUCCCGACCGUGGAUGCGCAAGCUGCUAUUGUUAACUUUUACAGCCCCGGAGAUACUCUCAGUGUGCACCGAGAUGUGAGUGAGGAAUGCAACAACGGUCUCAUUAGUAUCAGCUUGGGUUGUGACGGAGUUUUCAUUGCUGGAAACGAGGACGGCACUCAUUUAGCCACCUUACGCUUGAGGUCUGGAGAUGUCGUUCUGAUGUCAGGGGAGUCGAGAUAUGCCUGGCAUGGUGUUCCAAAGAUAUUGCCAAAUACUUGUCCGGAGUGGUUGCGAGACUGGCCCAACAUUCCAAAGGGGCAACGAUAUGAAGGAUGGGAAGGAUGGAUGGCCAACAAGCGAAUUAACCUCAACGUUCGGCAAAUGACAGACGUUACUUUAAAGCGGCCUUGA